GCAGCUAAUCAGAUGACGCACUUGAAAUUCCAAAACCACUUGAAAUAUAAUCUGAACACGAUUUAUUUUUUGGAACCGCACGCAUAAUCAUGAAAAAAUUAUUACUUUGCGGGUAUGUCCAAUUUGUGUUCUUCAUUUUAGAAGGUAUAAAACAUUCCAAUAUUAUAUUUAGUUGUUAUGAGAUGGUUUUGAGUGAUUUUAAAAGUCUCGAGUGCUCCAUUUCGCUUGGCUCGAGGCUACGGCGCCCAGAUGGUCCUGCAGAUGGCUCCGAAAAGGGCACACCUCUGGGGAUACGGUGUGCCGGACGCGCUAGUCACGCUCACCUUUGACCAAAUCAGCGAAAACACCACCGUCCAGGAGAGUGAAAUUUGGGAGCUGUGGUUGCCAGCGCAGGAGGCCGGGGGGCCCCACAUUCUGCACUUCGAGCAUCAAGAGCUUUCUGGAGGACCGCUCACCAAAGUUAACGUGGCUGGAGUGCUUUUUGGUGACGUCUGGCUCUGCCUGGGCGAAGGGAACAUGGAGUUCUUCAUGGGAAGUCUCGAUAAUUUUGAAGAAGAGGUCAACAUUGCUAGCACAUACUAUGGAAUGCGUUUGUUCCACGUUGGUCGUGGAGAAGCUACCGAGGAGGUGCCUGAAAUUGGUCCCAACAUUGAGCAGCAAUGGACAGUACUCUAUGAAGGUGUGCUUGAGUGGUAUUCUGCUGAGUGUCUUUUCUUUGGACAAAUGCUAUCGAAUUAUUUUCCCGCGAGGCCCAUCGGCUUAAUCGAGUUCGCGUGGACGGGUACCAGCCUGCAGUCGUGGAUGCCGAAACAAGUCAUUGAAGAAUGUCAAACUCGGGAAGCAGAGAACACUCACCCUUCUUCUGGAAUUCACAACGCUAUUAUGCAUCCUCUGAGUAAAUUUACUGUGCGAGGAGUCCUUUGGGACCACGGUGACAGCAUUAGCGGCAGUGACGCAAUGAAUCGAAGCGAAUUCCAUUGUGCCACGCGCGGUCUCUUUGAUCACUGGCGCGCCAACUUCGCAGAUUCCACUGCCGGAGAUCUUCCAAUCGGUCUCGUGCAGUUGGGACCUGACUCGAGCGUCGCUGUAGCUGAAGGAAUGGCGCCCGUGCGAAUUUUUCAGAUGGAACUCGCCGAUCCCCUCUACCCUAAAACGGCAAUGUACAAGAUUUUUACGGCGGCUACGUUUGACUUGGUUGAUAACAUUUCCUCAACCAAAGACAUGUUUACGAAAAUGUUUCAAGCAAAGAGGGUUGUAGCGCACAGACUCUUCACCUCGGCCAAAGAAGUUGUUUUCUCUGACGAAAAUUCCACCAAUCUCAGGAUGGAAAUCUCGAAAGCAGACAAGGCACAAAUAAUCCUGGAGUUUUCCGGUGAUAUUAAACUUAACGGAUCCCACGGUUUUGCGUAUGCAACAAGUUUGGAUGACGGAAACUGGACUGAGGCUGUAGUUGUUGGGGGUGAAGGGAGGAGAGUGCUCUUGGAGCCACCACCCAUUGAAGCGAAAGUUGUUGGUUAUGCCAUUCAUACUACUCCCUGCUUGCACCUGCAAUGCGCUGUCUACGAUUCUAAUGGUCUUCCACUUUAUCCCUGGGUGCUUCCCUUGCCAUCGUCUUCCCCUCGCACUACAAUGGCGCUCGAUUCUCAUCAAUUCAUCCUCUUAAUAACCACAGUUUACGUAAUUAUUUCAAAUUCAGCAAAUUAAAAUUACAAAUCUAUUUUUGUUCUAAAAAUUUUAUUUUAAAAAGACAUUUAUUUUCAGAAAUUAUAUUUAUCACUCAUAUACAUUUGUGUUUGUUGAACAUGAUAAUAUUGAAAAAUAAAAAUCUAUCAAUCAGUAAUAUAUGUAUUUUAAAAAGACAUUGUUUAGAAUUAAGGUCGUAACUGUAUAAUGUUUUAUUUUGGCUUGAAGAUGCACAAAACUUAAAUGAAGUUUAAGUGAUAAAAAUACACAUGUGCAAAAUAUAACUUAGCGCACAGUUGAAUUUUUUAACCAUUUGUGCAUUGUUUAGGGACUGUUGCAUGUACAAAUGAGUAUAAGUCGGUACAUUUGUGAAUACCAUUUUCAUAGAAGCGUGACGAAAUCUAGAUUUGGAAAUUAGUCAGAUAAAAAAUUGAACCAAAAUUUUUGAAAGUUUAAUGACCUCCCCUCUCAUUACAUUCUCUUUGCAAAAUAACUUGCGCUGAUUAAGAUUACCUCUGCACGAGGAAAUUAAUUACUCAAGCGGAUUGCGCAAGAUGUGAAGUUGUGAGGGAGGCGAAGCGACAAAGUCGCGUGCGUGUCGCGUCCCGUUAACUAUGUCUGCUCAUUGUGCGUUGCGCGACAAUAAGGGAAAGUGUCAAGAAAUGUGCAGCGUGCUCAUCGGUCACGCAAACAAUAAGACAAACGCGAGUGCCUCUUCCCAAAACAUCGCUCGUCAAUCCACAGAACAAUCGCAGUGAGCGGGCCGGCCAACUUCCGUGAAUUUUUGUCAAAAUAAAGCAUAGCGGAAUACUUACUGCGUUGAAAGUGCAAAUAUGCUAAAAAUGCUCCUCGAUUUAAUCUUAAAAUGUGACAAAUAAAUUUGAUAAACAAACUGAAAUCGAAAGGAAAAUACAAUUUAAGAAUUCAAUUUUUUCCACAAGCGAUGAGAAUCUUGAGGGUGAAAUUGUUGCAAGGUAUUGUUGUUUUUGAUCAAACCUACUAAUUUGUUCAUAUUACGAUUUAUCUCAACUUUUACAAUAUACGGCAAUGAAUGGAAUGUGUAAAAACAUUUUAGAAUGCAUGCUUCCAAGAAACCGAAAAAGAUUUUGUCCAUACUUUAUUGAGACUCAAAUAUUUAACUUUGUGUUUAUAUUUAUUUAUUUCACUGAUAUCAACAUUAAA